UUAUAUAUGUAGGAAUGUUAAUAGAUCAUAGAUCAUAGAUGUUCAAAGAUGGACAUUACGAACCGAAAACUUGGUUGUAUUUUAGCUUCUGCUAUUGCAGAUGCUGCAGCCCAGCCACUUCAUUGGAUUUAUGACCUGGAAAAAUUCCAAGCCACUGUUGGUAAUGCCGAAGAAAUAGAAUUCUGGAGUCCUUCUGCUAAUGCAUUCUACUGUCUAGAGACUGGCAAACAAAGUUGUUAUGGAGACCAGACUCAUGCCAUAUUAAUAUCAUUAGCAAGACAGAAAGAGUUUGAUCUUGAAGACCUGAAAAAAGCUACCUACAAAAUGUUUGGUCCUGACUCAGAGUAUGCUAUGAUGGAAGAAGCUUUGAAAACUGGUUUGCCUAUAAAAUCAGGGUGGCGAAAUGGCAGCAUAAAAUAUUUCCUUAAGAAAAUGGAGAGUAACUCUGAAGAAACAGGUAACCCUGAUGAUGCACAAAUUGAUGGGGUUACCAAGUUAGCUCCACUUGUUGCAAUGUAUGCUGGACAUCCAGACCUUCUCUUUCAUGUGGAGGAUGUGAUAAGGAUGACACAAGAUGAUGAUAUGGCUGUGGUUUCUGCACUAACAGCAGCAAGAAUAAUUGAACGAUGUUUACUAACAACCAACACAAGUGAUACCAUGUUGGAUGUUGUGAAACAUGUCAUGAAUUGUCUUGCUGCAAAUGAUCGUACCAAUCCCCAAGAUCUCGACCGAGCAAUGAUCAGCUUUUUGAAGGAGGUCAUAGACAGUAAAGAUGUACCACACACUGAAGUUGUCCCAAAGAGAUUUGUCAACAGCUGAGGCGUACCAAAGUCCUUCCAGGCCAGUGUACAUGCCCUUAUAACGGCAAGUAACAUGGCGGAAGGAGUUCGUACAACAAUGCGAGCUGGAGGAUGCAAUGCUUCAAGAAGUGCAUUCAUUGCAGCCUGCUUUGGAGCUAUGUUUGGAGAAAGCAUUAUCCCUGAAACCUGGAAAAGCAAAACUCUGAAGUACAACAGUUGGUUAGAACUUGGAACAGUAGUUGCUGGAUGGAAAUCAAAGUAAAUUAAUAACAAUAUAUAUUGAACUUUUUCAAAAUCUUUCACAAAAUUUAAUUUUCUCAUUACGCCUCAAUAUUACAUUACAUUGCAUAUAUAAUGACGAUUGGGCUUAAAAAUACACCACGAGUUCAAUCUGAUGACAACAUAUGUUAUGACAGCAUGUAAAUGGCUCAUAAUGCUUUUUUUUAAUCCAAUAAAACCGAAUGGCUGUUAAAUAUAUGAAGAUAUGUUUAAGAGAUGAUGGUUAGAUCUGAACACUUUCUAAAGCAGGAUUUAACUUGAAGGCAUUGUAAAUGUAUAUUUUAACA